AUGUCAUUUUCCUUUUUGUACCCUUGCAUCAUACAGCGUUCAUUUUUGGAUACCACUUCGAAUAAAAGUUGCAGCCUAAAAAGGUGGUUUUACGAUUCGCGAACGGAAGAGUUAACCUGCGUGUGUACAGUAAACGAUUCCACAACAGUAAACGGACAGCUGCUACAGAUUGGUACAGCAAGAGCGAUUCCUUCGAUAUCAGAAUCCAAGUUUCGAGCACUAAGUAGCGUCAAGCAAGGGCAGUAUGAAUUUGAACUGAAAAUUGUGACUGCAUUGCCUCCCGCGGCAACCGUUCAGAAUCUUGUGAGUGCAGCUUUGCAAAACAUUAAUGCUCAUCCUGAAUCUGUACAACAAAUGACCAUAGAGCCGUGCCGAAUUCGUUGA